GCACCCUGCAUGCAUGCAGCGGGCCAGAUUGUUUUCGCGAGCCUCCAGUAUCUCGUCUCUCAGGAACCACCUCCAUCCUGGCCAGCGUCAACAAAGACGACACCAUCGGGCCUCGGCCUUGCAGAGCCUAUACUAACCAGCAGCACAUGUUUCGCGCCUCGCAUUGACGACCCAAACAUCUCACAGCUACAGUCGAAGCACACAACACGUGCACAAAUCGCCACGUUUGCCGGCACUCGCGCCCCCCGACAAACCGACAAUCAUGCCUUCAACACCCGUCAAGGCCAUUGCUGCCUCAUCGACGCCAGUCACCGAGAGUCCCGGCACCUGGCGACACCCUCGCAUCGACGAGAUCACCAGACGGCGCCAUGCGACAACGUUCACCGAGAAGAACGUCACGCAGAUCGCCUACGGCGUAGCCAGCAUCAUCGCCAUCAUCGCGCUCAACCAAGUCUCCAAAGCCAACUCCCUGCCGACAUUAUUGUCAAACUCGACGCGAGGCUACUUCGAUCUCGCAUGCUACGCAUGUUUGCUCAUGCUCAUUGUCAACAUUGUCUCCGCCUGCCUGCCCCUCAUCAGAGCCGAGGACUCCCUAGCCGACAUUCCUUUGACACCCGCGCAACGCAAACUGCUUGGUCUGCCCCCCUCGGGCGCGGCGCCCACCCCCAACGCGACCUACAGCACGCCGCCUCGAUACUCGCGGACGCCCUCGCUGUCCGGCUCCAUAGGAUCUCGGGGCAGCUACGCCAGUGGUUCUCCCCUAUCUGGUCGGGGCAGCCCUGCCCUGCAAGCCUCCGACUCCUACUCCCCCCUCGCUAGUCCCCUGGGGCUCAAGGGUCUGGACGCCUCCGUCAAUGGGCGAAGGUCGUCAUUCGGUCAAUCGAAUCUCGGGGCCAGCACCUCGUCCAACUUGUUCUCUGAUUCCCCGAGUCCGUCUGGCAACAAACGCACCAGCGUAGGGCUGAACAGCAAGUGGUUGUACGAGAGGGGCAGGCGUUCGUCUGGUGGCGCCUGGGCGCGUUAAUUAGGUUCCCCAGCUGUACGUAGUACGUUGAUAUCGAUAAUCAUGGCAUUGUAUAUACACACAUAAGAUAGUUAGCAUGACCUACUGAGGCGUUUAGGUGCGGUCCAACUUUGGCGACUAGUAUAACGACACUGGCUUGACAUUCCAGCUUCUAUGAUAAACGGACG